AUGUUCAGUUUUGGAAUGGAAGGCCCAAGAAGAACAAAAAGGAAAGAAAAAAUAAAAAGGUGUUGGAGAAAAAAAAAAAAAUUGAACAGAAAGAUUCAUCCUUUUAGAUCAAACGAAAUAUAUCUUACCAUCCCCCCCCUCAAAAUGCUUAGAUUUACUAGGACUACUGCUUGGAAAUUAAGAUCUAUUCCAAUUGCCACUAUUCAAUAUAGACAAUUUACUUAUUCCACUAUAUGUUAUCAAUUAAAAACCCUUACUCCAUCUUUAGGAAUAAAUAAUACCAUUGAAUCCAAUAUACCUUCAGAAACUAAUAGAUUAGCUAAAACUGGUACUAGAUUUUGGAAAAAAGGUGAAGUUAAAUUCAAUAAUGAAACUCAAAAAUAUGAAAUUCAAUUAGAUGGGAAAACUCUACGCACACCACUUGGAUUCCCAUUAGAAUUACCAAUCAAUAAAAAACAAUUGGCAUAUUUAAUUGCUCAUGAAUGGACUCAUUUACCUGAUAUUAAAGUGAAAUCAAGUACUUUACCAUUAACAGCUUUAGCCACUAGAGCUAUAGAUUUGAGUCAACAACAUUUGAGUGAUUUGAAGACAGAAAAAGCUGAAGAAAUGUUAGCAUUGGAAGAUAUUAAAUUACAAAUGUUAAGAUAUCUUGAUACUGAUACUUGUCUUAUAUUUGCUACCAACAAAGAAUGUGAUGGUAAAUUAAGAAAAAGACAAGAAGAAAUUUAUCGUCCAUUAAUUAAUGAAUUUAAUGAAUUUUUCACAAUUUAUGCUCAUAAUAAAAAUUUAAUCCCUCGACAAAAAUCUAUUGAAUUGAAAUAUUUAGAUUGUGAAACUGAUGGAUUAAGAGGUAAUAAACAAGAUGAAACCACUCAAUUAGUUGUAUUGGAUUGGUUAAAUCAAUUACCAAUUUAUGAUUUAAUUGCCUUGGAGAAAACAAUCUUAACUACUAAAUCAUUUUUAUGUGGAAUUACUUUAUUAAGAUCAAAUGUUAAUGAUAUUGAAACUUUAAAAGAAUUAUAUCAAUUUAAUAAAAAUUCCAUUGAUGAAGAUUAUUAUCAUAAAACUUUAGAAGAAUUAGUUGAAUUAGGAAAUUUAGAAACUAUUUAUCAAACUGAAGAAUGGGGUGAAGUAGAAGAUACUCAUGAUGUUGAUAAACAUGAUUGGUUAAGAAAUUUGGCUAGUGCUGCAUUGGUUUGUCAUCAUAAUUAG